AUGGAUGAUGCCUCUGCUUCGGCGGGGUACUCCCACCGCCACAUGGAGAGGAAGAUGAGUGCGAUGGCUUGUACAGUCUUCAACGAACUUCGACUGGAAGGGAAGCUCUGUGACGUGAUCAUCAAGGUCAAUGGGUGCGAGUUCAAUGCCCACAAGAACAUCCUCUGUAGCUGCAGCUCCUAUUUUAGGUCAGUGCUUCAAACAGGCAAGAGUUGGUUUCUCUGGCAAAAUUCCCAGGAAUAUGUCUUGAUUUAAGGGCUCGUUUUAUUCAGUAAUAGAUGCUUGAGUUCCUGCUGUCUUCAAAGAUGUGGUUGGCUGCUGGUUCACCCUCUCUGUCCCAGAUUGUAGUUGUGUGGAAGUCAUAACCACUAAUUAGUAGGUUGACAGGCAGUUGAAAUUUAUUAGUUGUUCAUCUGCCUUUUAACUGAUCAAUUAAACUCAAAUAAGUGAUCAUAUUGCCAAAACCACUGAAUAGGUUCCCAUUUAAAUGAUAAAUUUAGUAAAACAAAAACUACCAGAAUAGGUUUUUGUUUGUUUGUUUGUUUUUAACUACCAGAAUAGUUGAGAACCAUAUUGUAAUGUAACUUUCAUUCUCUGUUACAGCAACAUUUAAUCAAAUUGUCUUAAAAGGUAAAUGAGUGUGUUCUUAACUCAUGUCCACCAAUUAAUAGUUUCAGGUUGUGUCUUCAAGUCAAGGGGAUGCCAAAUGGCAUCCAAAAGCAUAAUUCAGAAGCAGAGUCUUUUAUCAAAGCCAAAUAAGUCAAGAAGAAGGUUAAUGAAAUACCACAGGAUAGGAAUAAAGUAGAAAAGACAGGAGGGGGUAAGAUUGUCUAGGUUUCCAAUUUGUUUGAACAGUGGAUUCCAUAGCAAGGAUUUGCUUGAAUAAUGAGACCCUACCAUCCUUGGCUUUUCAUGCCCAUCUAGGAUAAAAUACAGAGCCCACACUUCUUCUGAGUCAUUACUGACUUGUAGUAUUGGGAGACUCAUGGUGCUAUUUGAGCAAACAGGUUUUUUGUUUAAUAUCUGGUUGGCUCUGUUGAGUAACGGUUUCUGAGAUUUUGCUGAUACAGUCAAGUGACGGUACUUCUUGCCUUAGGAGCAAAAUCUUGUCGCCCAGCAAAAUCUUAUCAGCCCAGUAGCUAAGGAGGACCCAACUCUUCUAGCCCAAGGAAGUUAUCAAAUGUGAGUUGGAAUAUGUUUCAGUUGAGGUAUGUAGAGUACUAAAAUAAUAAGCUGCCAAUGCACCAACAUGACUUGAGAGCUGUCAUUGUCAACAAUAGUUUACACUGGCAACCAAGUCCACAGGUUGAAGCCAUGAUGUGCCUCUUGAUGUGCAUUCCAUCUGUUGUAACUUUUAUUUCACCCCAGACCUGAUGUUAGACAAUCUGGUCUGAAUAUUUUUUGUUUAGUUUUUAUUUAUUUUUUGGCAGUCUGGCCUAAAGAUGGGUGUGGUUACAGUGUCAGCAUUGUAGACAGGUGCUGCCUGUUCAUAGGAUCUAGUGCAAGGUUGCUCAAUCUUGCAUUGAAUUCCUAGUCAGGCAGGUGUGCCCUAAAUACUAAAACAGAUCACCUCAACUUUCUAAGCAUCUGGGUAGGCAUGUCUAAACAAGAAUGUUUUAGCAGGUGCCAAAACAAGUACCAUGAAGGCGUUUGCUUGAUCUCAAUAACCAGGGAGUUCCAAAGUGCAAGCGCGCUGCCACACUAAACAAUUGAGUUCUUACAAAUGCCGAAUGGGUAUUACGCGGCACCUGUAGUAGUGUCAAUUCCUGUUCAACUUUUAGAAGCAAUAUGAGGCUUGCAGCUGUCAUGAGCACCAAAAAGUUGUGGGGAUUGCUAUAGAGGUUCAGCGGGUUAGCUGGAGGAUCCCGGUGGACCCAACACCAUCCCCUUGAGGAACAGGACCCCAAGAUGCAACAAAGACCAAUGAGAAAUAGUUGUGUUCUUUUUCAGAGCUCUGUUUACCAGUAGCUGGAACAACUCAGAGAAGAGAGUAUAUAAUAUUCCUGGCAUAACCCCAGAUAUGAUGAAACUCAUUAUCGAAUACGCCUACACAAGGACAGUGCCCAUCACCGUGGACAAUGUGGAGAGGCUUCUUGUGGCUGCUGACCAAUUUAAUGUGAUGGGCAUCGUCAGAGCUUGUUCUGACUUCAUGAAAUGCCAGCUGUGCCUGGAGAACUGUAUUGGUAUCUGCAAAUUCACAGAGUACUACUUCUGUCCGGAGCUGCGGCAGGCGGCCUAUAUGUUCAUCUUGCACAACUUUGAGGAGAUGGUAAAAGCGUCUACUGAAUUCCUGGAGCUCUCGGUCAAUGAGUUUAAAGACAUCAUUGAAAAGGACGAACUCAAUGUGAAACAGGAAGACGCCGUCUUCGAGGCCAUCCUCAAGUGGAUUGCCCACGAUCCCACAAACCGAAAGCAGCACAUGGCAGUCCUGCUCCCUAAGGUUAGCCCUUUUAAAUAUCUUGGGGGUCCAUCCAUCCCCUGUCCUUCAGGUAUCUAGGACCAGAUUUAACGAAAUACUUGUGCUAGCAGGAGCCAGUGCAAGGACUCCCAUUAGCGCUACAGGGAUUCCCCCCCUUCUCCCCACUGUGCGUCCCUCCAUAAGCUCUGGGGGUGGUUUGGGAGAACCCCCAAAAUGGCACACAGGGAGGAGAGGGGGAAUUGUUCCAUCUGGCAAGCAGAACUGUGUGAGAUGACAGAAUGAUGGUAAUAGUGUGGUGUUGAAUCCUACUCCUUAUGUCUCCAGAUCUACAGUGCUGGCUAACUUCCCAACCAGCUUCAUAUAAUGGCUGUGUACUACCUUUGGUGCAAGAGGCAGUAUGCCUCCUGAAUGCCAAUUGCUGGGAAUCACAAGUGGGGAGAGCUGUUGCACUCGGGCUCUGCUUGCAAGCUUCCCAUAGUCAUCUGGUUGGCCACUGUAAGAGCAGGAUGCUGGAUUAGACGGGACAUAGGCCUGCUCUAGGAGGCUCUUGGGCUGUUACGUAUGUCGCCCUGAGUUUCAUUCAUGUAUUUAUUAUUGAAAGGCUGCUGUUGCUACCAGUCACUGGGAAUCACAAGUGGGGAGAGUGCUGUUGCACUCAGGUCCUGCUUGUGGGCUUCCCGUUGGGGCAGCUGGCUGACCACAAGGAUACAAGCGUCAUAAUUUGGGGGAGCACUGUAGCUCAGUGGGAGGGCACCUGCAUCACAUGCACAACACCCCACUUCUCAAAACAGUUCAUUCAAAAAUCAAAAUAUAAAUACAGUAGUACAAUAACAAUAUCCAAUAAGCCAUGUAGUGUCACUGAUACAUAACAUCGCAAAACUAAUAAUCAGCAAUUAAUGCAGCUGGUGGAAUCUUCCGUUGGUGAUCCAGUGAAUCCUUGGCAGCCAGGGUUUCAACCGUCCCGGAGAUGCUGCUGAGUCCCAGAACAUCAGCUGGACAAGCACCAAACAGUUGCUGUCCUAAUGCCUGUACUGCAAUAAAAUUAUUACGUUGGUAGAAGGAGGAUUGCUGCUCUCUGGAUCCUCCAGUGGCAGCAGUUAAUCACAGUAAAAAGAAAGGGUUCAUAACUGGUAUCUUAAUUGAUUAGGAUGUUUUGAAUCAUAGCACCAGCUCUGCAUAACAUAAUUUUUCUUCAUGUCAUGGAGACCUUCACCGUGAUCUCACAGCUAGACAGUUAAAUGCAGCUUUAGUUAUACUCCUCCACCUUCCUGAGAGGAUACCACUUCAUAAUAAGACUCCUGUAACACAGUGGCCAAGGUUCACAGGCUAAGUGAUGGUGGGGAAACAGACCUGUCUCAUGAACUUGAGAAUAACAAGGCAGGAAUGUGCCUCAUUCCUAUUAGGCUUCUUGUUUAGCACCAGUCCUUUUCACUCCCCUCUCUGUAGGUACGCCUGGCCUUGAUGCAUGCUGAAUAUUUUAUGAACAAUGUCAAAAUGCAUGACUAUGUGAAGGAUAGCGAGGAGUGCAAGCCCAUUGUUAUCGACGCCCUGAAAGCCAUGUACGAUCUCAACAUGAACGGACCAUCUAGCUCCGACUUCACCAACCCGCUGACAAGACCCCGUCUGCCGUACGCCAUUUUGUUUGCCAUUGGCGGCUGGAGCGGUGGGAGCCCAACCAAUGCCAUCGAAACGUAUGACGCCCGUGCAGACCGCUGGGUGAACGUCACGUGCCAGCAGGAGAGCCCCCGGGCGUACCAUGGUGCCGCCUACUUAAAGGGCUACGUCUACAUCAUUGGGGGUUUUGACAGUGUGGACUACUUCAACAGCGUCAAGCGAUUUGAGCCCGUCAAGAAGACGUGGCACCAGGUUGCACCCAUGCACUCACGGCGCUGUUACGUUAGUGUCACCGUCCUUGAUAACUUCAUCUAUGCCAUGGGUGGCUUUGACGGCUAUGUGCGUCUCAACACAGCUGAGAGGUAUGAGCCCGAGACCAACCAGUGGACCUUGAUAGCCCCCAUGCAUGAGCAGAGGAGUGAUGCAAGUGCUACAACCCUGUAUGGAAAGGUAAUGAGAAUGAAAGUAGGCCAAUGUUUAUAAAAGCUAACCAGCUGCUAAGGCUGACAGGUCACAGGGAUAGAUGUGAAACUUUAGGGGGGUUGCCUCUAAGAGAAGAAAUUAAAUAUUAAGGGAAGAUUAGGAAACGAGGCUAGACUGAUGUCCACAAGGCCCCUCACCAUCCUGAGCUGCUUUCUAAACUACAACCCUUUUCCAGCCUUUGUUCCUUUCUGUAAAGAUGACAACAAUACAGAUAACGUAAACCUGGUUUUAGGACAGAGGGGGGGGAAGCAAAAAUGUUAAUGACACCAAGCUCUGUUUUUCUUUUUCAUCAAAUCCACAUGGAAAUGCUGUGGAAAUGCAAAAGAGUUGCUUUUGAUUGAUAAUGAACCAGAGGGGGCAGGGAUGAGGGAUCCAUAAACUGAACCUCAGUUCAGAUGAGAUGAAGGUGUUGUGAGUUGGUGGCUCAUGUGACCUGAGAGGUGGUGAUCAUUGCAGUUUGGGGAGUGUUGCUGGAUUUGGCCUUAUCUAGAGAGGCCCAAGUGGCCUCUACAUCUUGAAAUUCCUUUUACCAGCUGAGGCUGGUGCACCUGGUGUGACCCCUUCUGGAUGACAAUAGCUUGGCCAGUUAUCCACACACUGGCAACAUCUUGUUUAGAACACUGCGAUGUCCUGUACAUGAAGUUGCCUUUGAAGAUGCCUUGAAACCUCAUUUAGUGCAAAAUAUAGCAGUAUGUUCAUUAAUUGGGACCACUCAUGUAGAACAUAUUAUGUCAAUCUUAAAUCAGCUACAUUAACUGUUUCUGUUCAGAAUGGAAAGUUCUGAUUUUAACCUAGACAUCCUUAAAUAGCUUAGAGCCCCAGUGCAAAAACCUGUCCAGCCUUUGAGAUCAUCCCUGCUCUGCCAUCAACUGAAGUAAUAAACAUCUUUAUUUUAUUUUCGGUACCAGAUGAAAAUCUGUCUAGACCUUUUAAUGCUGUAUGUAUUUUAUGUUAGAUUUUUAAAACCUUCCGUAUCUGUUUGCAAUGCUUAUUAUUGUGAUAGUUUGCUUGGCAGUAUUGUUUUAUUGAUGGAUAUACUUUUUUAUUGCUUAUAUUGGUCGCCGCUCUGGGAACACUGUCAGAUGAAGAGCAGAGCAAGAUAAAUGGUGGCAACUUGUGGCAUCUUAAACCCUAACAAACGUAUUAUGACUUGAGUGGUUAUGAAUUAGAGCCCUACUUCAUCAGACACCAUAAGACUUUCAUUGUUUUUGUACAACAGCUAUCUCUCUGGAAAUGAAAUGAAAUAAAUAAGCACUUGAGAUCUUUUUUAAAAAAGAAAAAAGAUAACAGUAAGCACCAUCAGUUUCGGUGCAGUAUCCAUACUUGAGCAGUUCCUCUGAUAUAGGGUCAUAAACUGAGCAUGAAUAUUUAAGAAUCUUAAAUAAUUUUAAGGAAUAAGGCUGUAACUCAGGGCGUAAAGCAUCCAUUCAAUCCCAGGCAUCUGCAGGUAGGACUGGGAAAGACCUCUGAAACCCUGGAGAGCCACAGCUAGUCACUAUAAACAAUACUGAACUAGAUAGACCAAUAGUCUGUUUCAGUGUAAGGCAGUUUCCAACAUCCUUUUAAAUUUGGCUUCUUGUAAUCCCUGUGUGAUUUCUGCCACAUCUGGCUGGAAACAACCCACCGGCCACAUAAACUGACCUUCCAGGUGCCAGAUAAACCCAGCUGGCUUUGCAAUGUCAGGCAGGCUGUAACACAGAAUGUCUAUUAAGCUGCUGGUGGACCAUCAUAUCAGGCAUAAAUGGCAAGUUGUGCAGACCUGCUCUAACAUCUUAAGCAAUGAGAGGUUAUCCAGCCAGCUAUUUCAGCAGGAAAAGCAACCUUGGUUUCUGUUACUAUAAACCAGUGAUGAAAAAUCUGUGGGCCUCCAGCUGUUGUUGGACUCCAUCGGCCAUCAUCCUUGGCCAUUGGACAUACCAACUGGGGCUGAUGGAGUCCAGCAACAUCUGGAGGGCCACAAGUUCCCAAACCCCAAUACAAACUUUUCAAGUGUAUCCAGGGUAGGAGCUGGUGUGGGUUUCGUGGUCAUAGUAGAACUAUGGAGAGUAAGCUUCAAAUCCCUACACAGCCACAAAGCUCACUGAGUGUCCUUAUCCCGUUCCCUCUCUCUCAGCCUAACGUAGCCUCACAGUGUUGUUGUAAGAAUUGCAUGGGAGGUACGUCGUACAUUGCCUUGAGGUGCUUGGAGGAAGGCCAGGAUUAAAAAAUUAAUCACACUUAACAACAGUCAUUCCUUCUCCCAAGGAAUCAUGGGAGCUGUAGUUUUACCCGGGGGCCUAGGAAGCCUGUGAGAAUUCUCAGUGCUUUCACCAAACUACAAUCCCCAGGGUUUUUUUGGAGGAUACCAUAACAAUUAAAAAGCCAUCAAACCAAUACGUGUGUAAAGUGGACAGGGCCAACAAUUCUCUCUACAAUGGCACCAAAUUUAUUUCAACAAUAUUUUCACAAACCUAUUUUUUGCUUUCCUUUUUUAAAAAAGGUCUAUAUAUGUGGUGGGUUCAACGGAAAUGAGUGCCUGUUCACAGCAGAAGUGUAUGACGCCAAGAUUGAUCAGUGGAGCUUGAUCGCACCCAUGAGAAGCAGGCGAAGCGGCAUUGGCGUGAUAGCGUACGGAGAACACGUCUACGCAGUAAGGCCAGGGUCCUUUUGUGCCCGUAAUGGCAGGCAAGCCUGCAGCACCCUUUGGCGGUAAAGUCGUUGGAACAAUGCUGCCCCCCUUUGGUUUGGUGUAGACCAAGUCCUGGCCAAGCUGUUGCUCAUGAACUGUAUAUAUUUAAGGAAGUGAAUAGGCAUAAAAUGGCAAGAAUGCUGUAUCUUAGUGGUCUUCUGAGGGGUGUGGCGAUCUUUUCAGCCUGGUAUCAACACCUGGCAUCUUCAGGCAGCUACUGGGGUCUCAGUGCCUGGCACUAAGACCUCCAAGCUGCAGCCUGUCCUGGUGGUGAUGGCAGCAGGGCCAGCCUUACCGUAACAUACAUAGUAUUUGGUAAUCACUGAGUACAUGCAAUUACACUCAAUGUUGGGCCAUUCUUUCAGGUGGUUCUGCUGAAUCCUCAUCCCACUACUCACACCAAAGUUCUGUUCUGUUGUGGGAGGUUGCCAACGUAGGAAGUUGCCGACACACAUUCUGAGAUUACUGAAUAACAAAGAACACUUGACUUGGUUUGGUGCAUAUUAUAUAGCUCAGGUAUCACUAAUGCUAACUAGCGACAUUACCUGUACCCGCACAUCGUUUACAAUUACCAAAUACCAUAUAUUACACCUAUUGUUAGGCAAGAUGUGGCAGCUUAUCACCUGUGUUUCUGCAUGGCCUAUGUGUGUAGUAGUGCAUGUUUUCAGGAGGCUUUGGGAUCAGGGGCUACACUGAGAGCAAGGGAAACCCGAAAGCAGGGCCUCCAGUGGCUUGUCCAUAGUUUGCAGUGUUCCACCCUCUCCGAGACAUCAGUUUGAUGCUGCGGGUUACAACUAUUGCUUCCACAGUCUCUCACUGAAGUUGGAGUCAAGCUCCUAAAUCACACACUCCCAACACUACCAUGCAUUGCCACAUGUGUGUUGUGGCUUUUUCUGUUUCAACCUGCAGGUUGUAUGGAAGGAAGAGAACUUCUGAGCAUGUUCAGAGUGACUGUCCUUCCUUAUCAAGGCAAAGCCAUUUCUUAUGCUCCUGUAUUAGGGGCACAUGACUGGUCAGUUUAAGUCCUCAUAUACCACUUUUCUUUUUUAAAAAAUUAAAUGCCACCUGUGACCUCUGCCUAAAUAAUUUCAGCCUCUCCAUGUCAAAUUGCUUUUAUGUAUCAGUUUUUAAAAAAAAAUCCAUUAAAGUUUCUUGUUGAUAACUUAUAAUUCCAAAACAUGUACCAAACAAUUUAAACCACAGAAAUCCAAGCCACAGUGAAAAAGACAGAAGUCCUCAGCUUGACAGUGCUUUGAUUCAUACUGUUUGGGCUGCACCAGGAAGGAAAUGGGGAAGUCAAAACAAAUAGCUGAGUGCAGAUAUAAUGGAUUACAUAGGAACACAGGAAGCUGCCUAAUUCUGAAUGAGACCAUUGCUCUGUCCAGCUCACUACUGCCUACAUUGACUGACUCUGCAGGGUUUCAGGCAGGGUUUCUUCUCAGUCCUACCUGGAGUUACCUGGGGCCUUUUGCAUGCAAUGCAGAUGCUAUAGGAUCCUUCUCCUGAUUGCUUGUAGCCUAUGGAAUAACCAUAGUUGCAAGCAGUUGUACACCAGUUUAAGGAUUUAAAGUGCUGUAUUGGUAACCCAUACAGCAACCCUCUAUAGCAGGUCUUUGCUUUUAUCCCACAGUAAAGUUAAGGCUACAAUUGUAGUUUGCAUAUAGGCCAUCAAGUGAGUCCAUGCUGAGGUGUAAUUUAAAGUGGGGAGUCAAAUGCCUCAGUGAAGUCUUCUACUGGAACAAUUUGUGCUGAUUUAAACUAGUGCUAUGCAAGCUUUCAGUGUGCACAGAAGACUUGAUCAGAUGACAACUCUCUUCUCUGGUCAUUGGCCCCUAUGGCAGCUUCCCUCUUGUGCCAUCUUGUCCUUCAUCUUGGGCAAUAAAAUGUCCUUCUGCACAUGCCCUGACUACUGCUAUUGCAUGGAACUGAUGGGAGUUUGGGCCCAGCACCCGCACGGUGCCUCCUUGAUCUACCUGGAUCAGUAGUCUGACUUGGUGUGAAGCAGCCGCCGCCGCCGCCUCCUCCUCCUCUAAAUGACUCCCUGUCUUUUUGCUGCCUUACAGGUGGGCGGAUUUGACGGAGCCAACCGCCUUCGGAGCGCAGAAGCUUACAACCCCAUCGCCAACACCUGGAGGACCAUCCCAACCAUGUUCAACCCUCGCAGCAACUUUGGCAUCGAAGUGGUGGACGACCUGCUCUUUGUGGUGGGCGGCUUCAAUGGCUUCACAACAACGUUCAACGUUGAGUGCUAUGAUGAGAAGACGGACGAGUGGUACGACGCCCAUGACAUGAGUAUCUACCGCAGCGCCCUGAGCUGCUGUGUGGUGCCAGGGCUGCCCAACGUUGGGGAGUACGCUGCCAGGCGGGACAACUACGUGGGGUCAGCUCAGAGAGAUGAGGUCAAGUACUCCUCAUCCACAAGUACACUACCUGUGUGA